UUAUAAAAAUAGUAUAUAAUUUUUAUUUUCUUUUUUUUUAUAAUAAAUUUUAGUUAACAUUGAUUUAUAACUAUUAUAUUAUUAAUUACGACAUGUUAUUUUAUAAAAUAUCUAAACUUUUAAAUAAAAUAUUGUAGAUUCUUUUUCAACAGAUUUUGUUAUAAUAAUAAAAAAUUAAAUAUGUCAUAUUAACUAAUUAUUUAACUGAUCGUAAUAUGACUUGUUAAUAGUAGAUAAAAACAGAACCUUAAAUUAUCAGAUUAGAUGUUUCACUUUUUUUUUUUUUUUUUUUUGAAACUGUGUUUCACUUUUCUUUUGCCUGUAGUUUUACAAAGUAUAACUAAUCCUGUCAAUAAUCAACAUCGCCAUAAAACACAAAUGAAAAAGACGCGGUGAUAAUAAAUAUAAAAUAUUAGAAUAAAAGAAAAAUAUGGUUGACAAAAAUAAAAUAAAAGAAAAAUACUAAAGGUACACUCUGGCCAAAACCAAGAAAAAAAUCGUGUGACCGCCAUAGGUCCAAAUUGACGUUUCUCUACAUGACAUUGUUUGCUAUUUUUCUAAUUUUAAAAGCUAAAUACAUUAAAAAAAAUAUUGUGUCAAAGAAAACAUUUUAUGUUUUAGGUAUUUUUAUUAGUUAAUAAUUAAAAUCAAACUUAAACAUAAUUGUAUUUGUUAAAAUACUAUUGGCGUACAGUUACUGGAAAUUGGUAAACACAGAAAAUAAUAUAUUUAUCAUUAAAAUUUAAUAUAUUUUAACAUGUGUAAAAACAUUUAAACACACAUUUUUAGAAAUAUAAACAAAUAUUAAACAAUCAAAUAUCUAGUCCAGAUGGAGUUAAAAAAAAACAGCUAGUGUCCAAUUAUAUUUAAACUCAUUUAUUCUUCAUGUAUUUGCAUUUUUAAUGCAUGUUAAAUUCUGUGACUGGUCAUUUUGCACGACUUAAAAAUUAUUAUUUAUUUUAAAUAAAUAUUUUGCAGUUUUCACAUGUAUUAAAGAAAAUAUUAAAUGAUGACAAAAAAUAAAGAAAAUAUUAAAUUUUAAUUAUAACUGCAUCAUUUUAUAAUUUAUUUUAUAUAUAUUUGAACAAAAGGAAUUUAUUAAAUACAAUUAUUUUCUACAAACUUAAAAAUCCUCAUUAUUGCCUAAUAGAAAAUGCACUGAAAACAUAAAAUAUAAAUUUUAACAAAUAUUUUUUUCUUAAAUAUAUAUCUUAAAGAAAAACUGAGGGAAUGUUAGAUAUAUGUGAUGUCUUGUAUUCAACACUAUGUAUGUGACCGUUGUUUUUUUUUUUGAACUAAGAACUUCAAAUCUAUAAUAGUUUCUCUUUUUAUAUGGCAUGUCAAUUACUUACAAUGAAUUUUUUGCAUUUCGUAUAAUUUGAGUGUACUAUAGAGGUUUUUAAAAAAAUGUUGAGUAGAAAUUGAUUGAAAUAGGAAAGUAUACUACUACAAUCUAAAUUCAGAAAAAAAAAAGAAUUAGAGAGCAGAAAUAAAAUGAGAAAAAAGUUGGAGGCAGUAAAUGAAGAACGCUAAGAUUGGGCAGAUCAAUAACCCAACUACUCCUCUGACUAACUUUUAUAGACAACCCUCCUUUCUCUUUUUGAUUCCCCUUCCAUUUUUCAUAUACCAUCUUGCUACAAAUAUUAUUAUUAUAUUGUCAUCUUAUGGUUUGAUAGUCUCUUAAUAUGUAUCCAUUUACGGUCACUGAUUAUCAUCAUCUUCCUUGUUUUCCCCCUCUAACUUGGUCAAAAGUUGCAAACGCUAAAUUCUGAAAAAAGAAAAAGAAAAAUCUCACAUAUACAUAUUUAAAGAAAAUGGGGAGGGGUUUGGAGUCUAUCGACUACGUUUUUGCUUUAACCGGUAAAAUAACAUGGUAAAAUGGGAAAUCCAUUGACAUGUCUCAAAAAGUAAAUCCAAACGUUUACGUUGAAAUCUUGAAACUUGAAAUAAUUGUUUUACACUGUUGACCAAGUAAGAAAAAGAAAUAUAUAUAUAUACACACACACAUAAAUAGCUGUAGGACACAUCCAGCCAGAACCCAUGUUUAUUUUGUCUUGUAUGUUCUCUCUCCGCUACUUCCCCUCAUGAGUCCUUCUCUUCAUAAAAACCUCUUAUUUAUUUAUCCUUCUUAUCAUUCUCGUCAUCAUCAUCUCAACAUUCAUCUCUUUCUCUCUCUCUUCCUUGAUCCCAGCCGGAUCUGAUGGGUGUUGGGAGGGGACGAACAAAGACAGAAAUAGAAAAUUUCUUGUAAAACCCUAAUAGAAAAAGUCUGGUUAUAAAGACGAGAAGGAUUUAUAGAGGGAUUUAUCUUUUGAGGGGACUGUUGUCUGGCUCGAGGACUCUUAUUCUAACUCAAUCACGUUUUAUAAAAUCUACUUGAUCUGAUGAUUGAUUAGGGUUUUAGUGUCUUCGGACCAGGCUUCAUUCCCCCCAAUUAUUACUUCCUCUCAAUCCUAAUUAACCAAGAAGUCUCUUCCUUUUUUUUCCUUUCUUUGUCAUUUUCGGAGUUAUGGUUCCGUUCCGAAUCUAUUUCAAUGUGAAAAUUUUGAUCUUAAAUUUUUUGUAUAAUUAAUUUAUGUGGUAGUUUCUGGCACUGCAUCUGGGUUUCAAUUGUGUUUGUUUGUUUCUUCUUUAAUAGAUUGGUGUAAUGAUGAAGGAAACUGACUCAUGUGAGAAACAGAAAAGUCUAUCAUCAUUACUAACUUUUUCUCGUUUAUUUGUUCUAGCUAUGAUUUUGUAAUGAUAUGUUUUUUGUUUGUUUAUUGUAUGAUGAUGUCAGUACGAAUUAUAGCUAGCAUUUAAAGAGUAGAUCUAUUGAUGGUCAUAAUCAAUGAUGAGGAUUCGGUUUCAGUUUCAGAUCCAUCUGUUUACAAGAAACUAAACCAGAUAUACUAGAUCUGAAGGUCGAUCUGAAUCUUUCAAACUACUACGACUGUAUAUAUACCCAUCUACUAGACUAGGGUUUCGUCAUUCCAACUAUUAAUAUAAAUAAGUAGUAUACAUUAUUUCUACUCACGCUCUUAUACUUUUCCUUCUGCAGUACUUCAAGCAUAUGGAGGAUCAAGGAACUCGAUCGGGUUCUUCUCAUUUUGAAUAUUUCUAAUGCCGCAAUAUUGCGAAUGUCAUUUUUAACAGCUGUUUUAAAUGUUAUUCUUUUCUUUCUAUAAGUUGAACUUGCUAGUCUUUUUCAGUUGUUACUAGCUUCGCCUAAUCGUUAUUACAUCACCUAUUAUUACACUAAACUUGUAGUAUUAGUUAACUUUUGUUGACUUUAAUAGACUUAAAAGAGAGUAGAUUUAUAGUAGUACUAGUAAAGUAGUAGUGUAGUACUAUAGUUUUUGCUACAAAUGAUAAAUAAUCGUAGUCAACACAUUGAGGUAUAAACCAAUUACCGUCAAUCAAUAUAAUCAACAUUUACGUUAAGAAAGUUGUCUUUUGAUGCACGUUUGGUUUAGAUAUAGUGUGAAAGUGAAAGUGAAACACUACUUGGUUUUCAUAACAUCUGUGAAAGAGGUGAAACUUACAAGCGAAAGGCAUAAAGUGUGGAACGAAGGAAUGUUUUUAUUUUUGACAUUCGCUGGAUCAGAGCAGGAGUAAGUGAGAUACUUAAAAUAAACAGAUAAAUGUUCGAAAUAAACACCAAUCUAAAAGAAUACGUCUAAAAGAUUACAGAGUAAGAAGUAGAAUUGAUUUUUGUUUUCCAAAAGUUUAUCUUUUCACUAUUGACUACACAAAUCACUGUCUUUUACAUUUUGUCUUUUUGAAUUUGUUUACAUUUUACAAGUUACUAUGUGCUUUAUGAACGAAGACUUUGACCUUAUUUUUUAUAACUACGGUUUCAGUGUCUGUCUUUCUAGCUGCAUCUAGGAUUUGAUAUCAAAUUUAAAUCGGUGUUCCAUUGUGUCUUUACUUUUAUGUUCUUUUUUACACCAUGGUGAAUUGUAAGUAUUUAUCUUUACCCAACUAAACUUUUGAUUACUGAAUAUCUGUGACGCAUUAUUAUGCAAACUUUUAAUACUUUUGGGAAAUAAAUCCAGACAUCCUCGAUAUAUACUGAACUGUUGCCAACAAUUUUUUUGUUUCUGUACGGAAAAUAAUUUCUGAUUAAUUUGGUGCUGAACUGCUGAAGUUUUUGAUAUGUAUACUGUAUAUAUAUAGAUUCUUAGUGUUCCGUUUUCUUAUAAAGACAAAUCUGGUUUAAGAUUUUAUGGAUGUUAUAAACUGGAACUUUAUAUUUGGACUCUUGUAGUGAAGGAAAAGGCCCAAUUCUACUAGCAAUUUUCUUUCAUCUUUCGUUUCUUUUAACAUUUGCACCAAAAAACCCAAGUUAAGUAAUUUUAUGAUAUAUGGAUAGCAUGCAUUAUAAAACGAAAACAAGGUUAAGUCAAGAUCAGCUUUGUACGGAAUAAAUAUUUUAUAUAUAAAUUAUCUUAUAUAUUAUAUUUUUUACAUAUUAUAAAAUAAUAAAUAUAUGUUAAAUAAUUAAAAAGUCAAUAAUAAUUACGUACAUAAUUAAAUUGGUACAAAUAUAUAAAUAAAUUUUAUUAGUCCAAACAAUAUUUUCUUCUGUUUGAUAUGAUAUAUAAUUAAAUUUAAAUGAUGUUAACAUAUGUAUAGUAUAUUUUUAACAUUAGUAUCUAUUAAAUGAUAUUUUCUACUUAUAUAUUUUUUUAUCAUUUGUAUAUUUUAUAGCAAAAAUAUUAAAUUACUGAUAAACAAAAGUUUUACUGUGGGAUUAAUAGUUUUUGUAUUUAUAUAUAUUUUUUUAAAAUAAGUUGUCAAUAUUUGUUCAAACUUUUAUUAAAAAAAUUGUUCAAAGUAAAUUUCAAAAUUAAAAUAUUUAUAUAUUUUAUAUGGUAUAUAGUUUAAUUUAAAAUUAUAUAUAUAUAUAUAUAUAUAUAUAUAUAUAUAUAUCUUUUAAUCUUAAAAUUUAUUAAAUGAAACUUUCUACUUAUAUGAUUUUGUAAUAAUUUGUAUCUUGUCAUAACAAAAAAUUUAAACCAUAGAUCACAAUAUAUGAGUGUGACACUUUUAACAGUUUUAAUAAUUUACAGUCAUUUUAAAUAAAAAUAAAAAUAUAACAUACACAUAAAAUUUUAAUUUUUUAUUAUAUGGUUAAUUUGAUUGUUUAAUUUAUUUUAAUAGUUUAAAUUUAAAAAAAUAUGAUAGAAGAUACAUUAAUUUUUUUAUCAAAACCAUUACUAUUCUAAUUCUACAUCAUUAAUUGUCAUAUAUAUUUUAGCUACAUUAGGCAAUUCCAUAAUUUUUAUUUAGGAAAGUAAUUAAAAAUAAUAAUAAAUUUAUGGUUUGUUUAAUAAAAAAGUUAUUAUAUAUUUAGAUGGACCAACUAUUUCUCUAAGAAUUCUAAGAAUCUAACUAGUGAUAACACGUGGCUAAAAAAUAUUGUAAUACUUUUUAAUUAAUAUAUAAUAAAUAAUAUAAUAGCAUUUUAAAUCGUGUAUAACAUAAUGAUUUUUUGUCAAUUAAUAAAUUGUUCCUAACAAACGGAAAACUAAAAUUCUCAUUAAAUUAUUUAGGAAUAACAUAAAUAAAUAUAUAUAUAUAUAUAUAUAUCUAUAUAUAUAAAAUCAUGUUUGCCUCUCUCCUGCUUAGGACACGUCAGAAAGUCGAACAACCUCGCGCUGACACGUGUCACAAGAGAGUUAAACUCGGCAUUUCAUUUAAUCCAAUUCGUGAUGAGCUGGGCUGUUUCUUUUGACGUUGUGUCCGGCCCGGGUAGAUGGAGACCCCUUCUCCAACCCUAAUUCUGUUUGAUCGAAUAAUCGAAGGUCGUCUAUCCUCUUCAUGCGAUGGUGAUGCCGUGACGUCUGGGAUUCUUCUCACCAUCUGAAACGGUCGGGGGGGGGGAGGUUUAACUCCAUGUUUAACCCCAUUCAAUGUGUCAUUUAGAUCUACAGAAAGGCGGUGUGUAAUCAAUAUAAAUAUGUGAGUUUUCCUCAUCUUUAGCACAUCCUCUCUUCAUAUCUGAAACGGUCCGAGUUGUGAUUCGGGUCUGUUUAGAUCACCUGUCUGAUUAGUGUGGUUGAUGCCAGACAGAUUACGGCGACUAAUUCAAGUUUUGCAGCGGAGAUUUGGAGCUUUCAGCAAAAUGUGUCCAAGAUUUUGUUGCUAACCAAAAUGAAUUAACAGAGAUGGAAGAACGAGCUAUGUACAGCUUAAAGCAGGCAGUAACUGAGGAUCCUGAAGAUGCUGUCCGGUGGCAUCAGGUUGGUCUUCAUUGUCUCUGUUCUCAACAAUAUAAACUCUCCCAAAAAUACCUCAAUCCAGCUGCAUAUCUCAAUGUGAAACUGAUGGAGAAGGAAUGAACUCUGUUAUAUACUAUAAAGUUUCGGAUAAUUAUGUAAAAGAGUUUUGACCUCAUUUUGAAGAAAGCAUUAAGGUAACUGAGCUCACACUUUUUGUUUUUAAAAAAAAAUUGUAGAUUGAUAGAUGAUGAGCUUGAGAAAGUUAGAGGCUUUUUAUCGAUGCAACUGUACCAUUUAGAGAACGGUUAGAGAUAUUGGGGCUGUCCUUGCACAAGAUUUUCCAGUUUUUGUUUUACACAUCAGACGAUGUGUUGUGAAAUCAGUAAGUGGAUAACACCUAUUUUUUGUUCCAGAUACCUGGUGCAAAUGGCGGUUACAGACAAUACUGAUGCAGCCAUUUUUGUUGCAUUGGAUGGGUCAAUAACAAAGCUAAUCAAUGUCUGUGCCUCUGACGUUUUCCUGGUAUGGUUCUCUACAAGACCAAGAACAUGGUAAACCAAGGGGAAUAGGAGUGCUAUGGCUUUUAGCUGUGGAAACAGAGUAUCCAAGCUUACUCGAAGCUUACGGGUUUAAUGAGAUUUGAUGUGAAUAGUUUACGGGUUUAAUAAUUAGAUGUUCAUGGUGAUGCAAAGUUUCUAUUAUUAUUCUUGAUUAAGUUUUGGAUCAUAAGAACGUGAUAUUUGGUAGCUACAGCUAGCAUUGAAAAUACAUGAGGAAUAUAGUUUUGAAUGUAAUAAUUCUUUCUACGCAGUUUUACAGGUAUUUUUGAAAGGAAAAAGUUUAAGCCAUCAGUGGGUAAAUCAUCAGAAGUGUAACAAACUUUUGAGAAAAAAUUGUCAACCAAUUACAUGUGAAUGAACCAUUUUAAUAGUGAGACAAAUUUUAUGAACUCUAAUAAAAAUGACAAAAUAAAAUAGUAAAAUUUAAUGUUUAAUUGAAAGUAAAUUUAUAAUUUCAACUUUUAAAAAAUUGAAGAUUUUUAUCUUAUUUAAUUUUUUGUCAAUAUAAACAUUUGAUUAUAACAAAAGAAAUUAAAGUUAAUAUUUUUUUUAUAUUUAGCUGAGUGUCAAAAUAUCAACCGAUAACAACAACAUAACACAGAAUAUGAUAUUUGGUUAUUAUACAUAAAUCAAACAAAACAAAACAAUUUCACUGUUUAAAUAAAAAAUAAUAGAUACAUCUAUAACAUUAUGAGAAAGAUAAUAUACAAUGUACACAAACAAAACAAAUUGGCGAGAAAUAAUGAAGUAAACAAUACAUAUAACCAACCAUUCAAACUAAAGAAAACACAUGAAGUGAUGUUUUGUGGGUUGUUUGUGCUUCUUGCAAUGGCUGCCCUCAAAACACAUGAGAUGAUAUUUUUGUGACUUUCAUGUCUUUUUUUUAUUUUUAAAUCUCUGAUUUGAGAUUAAUGUGAUGCUCUGUUUGCAGGUUCAGUUGACUUACUUUGAUCCAAAGAGCUCAGCAACAAUGACACCAAUCUCAUGUUCUGACCAAAGAUGCAGCUGGGUGUUCCUCUAAUUCACAACAACCUCUGCGCUUACACGUUUCAGUAUGUGAAUGGAAGUGACACCUCAGGGUUCUGCUUUUCUGAUGUCUUGCAGUUUGACAUACAUUUGAUUCCUACGACUCUUGGCCAGACAUGUUGUCUCAUUCUUGAUUUAGUGCUCUGUUUCCCUGGGUUUUCUUCUUGCAUCGCUUGAACAGUGAUGAGCCCAAGGCUCAAGCUUUUUACAAUGUCACCUCCUCACCUGGCUCAAAGGGAUGUUUUUAAUAUACAUGUGGUCUAUGGGUUUAGAUUUAUGAACUAUGAAACACAUAUGGUUCCAAAUUGUUUCAAAGGACACGUUUGAGACUUCAUGUGUAUCUCUAUCAUCUAUAGAUUUCCGUUAAAAGAAGAAAUAAAUGGAGCUUCAUGUGACCACUGCGACAAUAAUAACAUGCAGUACUCAUGAAUACACAGGAAGUGGAUAGUUCCUUUUACCUUGAUCGAGUGUUGAGAAAAGUGCUUGCAGUUUUGGUACUGAAGUCUCAAGAUGAUAUUCUUCGUGGUCUUAGUCUGUUCAAUGGGUAACACAAAAACAUAUCAGCCUUAAAACAGAUUCUAACACACACAAAAAAUAUAAAGCAAAAUAGUCCAAAUUUUAAAACACUAAUAAAAUAUUUCAUAUGAUUUUGAUCAAAAAGAGUCAAAUACAAAAUCAUAGAAACAACUCAGUGCCUAAAACUACAAGUUAAAUGGCUCACUACAUUGAUUAAGAAUAUCUAAAGUUUGCUCAGCAGAUUUAACUAACUGAUCUAAUUCAGACAGACAAAAACAAUCUAUAAUUAAGAGAAGAAAUUACUAUUGUUCCUUUGAGGACACCCAAGAACAACUAUCCAAUGAGAUAAAGAAGGAAUAUUAAGAAUUGCAACAAAGAAGCACAAAUUCAUCUGAAGGCUCCAUUUGAAUUUUAUAAUUGAUUUACCAUUUAGACGCAAACCCAUUUCUCAAGAACCAGUUAACACUUUCCUAAAAUUUGAAAAACGUCUCAUUGGUAUUGAUUUGGAGUCUUAUAAGCAGGCCUUCUCAUACUCACUGUGGGCCCUGUGCAAAGUCUUUUUUUACAGCAAAAAGUAAAAAGAUUUUGUAAAAAAGGGCCCUAAAUAUUUCAAAAAAAAAGCCCUAAACACUAGCAAAAAUUUUGUAAAAAUAUUUUGGACCCUGUGCAAAUGUUCCUCUGGCACACGCCAAGAGACGGGCCUGCUUAUAAGCAGAGAAUGACUCUCAAACGAAGUAAAACAAAGAUGGAGAGAGAAAAAACACAAUAAACUGAGUACUUUCUUCUCUUCACAAGCAUUUGAAAAUAUUUGUAAAACGAAUCUUUCAAAAUUAUUACUAAUAAACAAACAAAUUUAAAUCUCUAUCUCACUUAUACAACUUUAAAAGUCUUGCAUGUGAUGUAAUUUGCUAUUAGUAAAUAGUUUCUCUUUGCUCAAAAUAUGAUUUAAACUUGAAUAAGUACUACAAAAAACUAAAAAUAACCACUUAACCCCAAAACUCUUACGAAGGAGAAGCAGCAGCAAAGAAGGAUGUUUUGCACUUAUCUACUCUAAUAAUUUAUUUUGGUGGAUGGAUGCUUUAACGCAUUUGCGAAUAUCUAAAAUUACACAUAGAGGUCAAACAAAAUAAGAUCGAAGGAGAGGCCAUGAAAAUGUGAUUUGCAUUAUAAAUAAUCAAAAUUUACACAAUUUCUAGCAAUAAUGACAAUAACAGUAGUGUGACUAAUUUGUUUUUUUUUUUCAAAAUAAUAUACUUAAAGAUGUUAAUCUUAUAAUUAAUUAUAUAUCAUGGAACAUAAACAAAUGUGGAUCCAUUAUAAGUAUUUUUCAAAUAAAUUUCACAUCAAAAUUAUUUUACACAUUAAGUAAAUAGUAAAACGAUAAAGUGUAGUAUUUGUGUGUUUUAAAUAAAUAUUUUACUUUGAUUCUUUUAUAUGAUCAAAAUAUGAUUAGUUUUGUUUAACAAUUAUUCUUUUGCGAUUUUGUAGUGAUUUAUAACGAGAGAAUAAAAUGAUACAUAUUUAUAAGAGACAUAAGACAUGCAGUUUACUUAACUACAACGUUUUUGAGGUUCAAUUGACUGAAAAAUUCUUUAUAAAGCGAUUUCACAUAAAUAAUCUCCUAUACAAAAUAUAUAAUUGCAUUUUUGAAACAAAAAAUCAUGUCAAAUACUUAAUGAAUUCACUCGCCGCGCGAAGCGCGGCCCGACCCUAGUAUAUAUAUAUAUAUAUAUAUAUAUAUAUAUAUGUUUCCCUCUACAAAAAGUCUCACUUUUGAACCUUUUAUUGUUUUAUCUCAGUCAGCAAAGCUCAUUACUCAUUAAAUCCAAUUUUUGUUAUCUCCUCAAAAAAAAACGGGCAACUUUAUUAAGUGUCAUAACUCUCUCCCCUUCCACUUGAAAACCCUUGGCCUCUCUCAAACCGUUUUCCAAGCUAAAUAUCGUGAAGUUUAAACAUUUUUUUCCUCAGUUUUCUUUUCUCUUCGUCGUUUUGAAAUUAUGGGUUCCCGAGGGAAAAAUCUCAAGAGCUUCCACUCAAAUCGUUUUAAGAACAACAUCAAACAAGGGGUCAAAGAUGUUCCAAAGGGUUGUUUAGCAAUCAAAGUGGGAUCAAGAGAAGAGGAGAAACGAAGAUUUGUUGUCCCUGUUUUAUAUUUUAACCAUCCAUUGUUCAUGCAACUCCUAAAGGAAGCAGAAGAAGAGUAUGGAUUCGAGCAGAAAGGUACCAUCACAAUCCCUUGCCACGUGGAGGUUUUCCGUUAUGUUCAAGACAAGAUCCAUAGAGAUAUAUCGGUUAAUUAUCAUGGUAAUCAUCAUCGUAAUAGCCAUAACCAUCUUGUUGGAUGUUUUAGAGCGUAAUGAUGAUGAUGGUAUAUGAGCAUGAAUAUAAAGAUGAUACAAGCAAGCACUAGCAGUACAAAAAGAUUGUCUUUGCUUUUAAUAAUUCAGCUUUUGUUCCUUUUUAAUUUUGUUUUGUUUUAGUCCUUUGAUAUUCUUGUGGAGUUGUGGAGCCAAACGAACACGGCCUAACCCACAAGAAAGUAGAACUGCAUGGUGUUUGUAAAUAUGAAUGUAAAAAGCGUGAGAUUAUGAAUGUUAGUUUCAAUUUAUAUUUCUUUUCUGCUCUA